GUUCACAUAUUGGCAAAGAAAAAUAAAAAAACAAACCCAACAACGUCACAGUUACUCUUCCAACUACCCAUUUCAACAUUUAAUGCAAAAGACUUUCAGCUGGCUCUCAAUCUCAUCCAUCCCCACUGCUAAUAAAUAAUUUUAGCCCUUAAUUGUUUCGAUCUCCAGUGAAUGAUCCAUGAAGCCUCUUCUUCCUGAACGGGCCGUCUUCCUCAUUUCCUUGUUUUUGGUAAUUUCUGUUGGCAGCCAGUUUAGCCUUGGCCUUGAGAAUUCGAAUUCUACUUUUCAAAUCAUCAAAGAUGGGGAUCGCUUGGUAUCCAGCAAUAAGAAUUUCGCUCUUGGAUUCUUCAGUUUCAACAAUUCCACCACUCGCCGAUAUGUCGGAAUUUGGUACAAUCAAAUCCCUCAACUAACCCUCGUUUGGGUUGCCAACAGAAACCAACCCCUUAACGACACCAGAGGAACCUUAGCCCUCGACCGCCAUGGAAACGUCGUCGUUUUCACCCCCACUCAAACCAUAUCUCUUUGGUCUACAAACGCUACCAUCCAAUCAAACGACGACGUGUCGGUUGAGCUUCGGAAUACAGGAAAUCUCGCCCUGAUUAAACGCGAAAGCCAAAAGGUUAUUUGGCAAAGCUUUGAUUAUCCAUCUCAUGUCCUUCUUCCCUACAUGAAAUUAGGGGUGAACCGGCGGACCGGGUUCAGCUGGUUCCUAACUUCAUGGAAGGCGCAUGACGAUCCGGGAACCGGGAACUUCAGUUGCCGAAUUGACCCGACUGGGUAUCCACAACUGGUUUUGUACGACGGAAAUGUUCCGUGGUGGCGGGGAGGAUCGUGGACGGGGAGAAGAUGGACCGGAGUACCUGAAAUGACAAGGUCAUUUAUAAUUAACACGUCAUAUAUUGACAAUAGUGAAGAGGUUUCCAUAACAAACAGUGUAACAGUGGACACGGUUUUAAUGCGAAUGACUCUAGAUGAAUCCGGUUUGGUGCAUCGGUCCACAUGGAACGGACAAGAGCAAAAGUGGAACGAAUUUUGGUCCGCUCCAAUCGAAUGGUGUGACAGCUACAACCGGUGCGGUCCGAACAGUAACUGCGACCCAUACAAUGUGGAGCAGUUCCAAUGCAAGUGCCUACCCGGGUUCGAACCACGAUCGAACCAGAAUUGGUUCUUGAGAGAUCCGUCGGGUGGGUGCAUCAGGAAGAGGCCGAAUGCGACGUGUCAAAGUGGAGAGGGUUUUGUGAAGGUGUCACGUGUGAAGGUGCCGGAUACGUCGAUGGCACGUGUGGAUAAGAGUAUGAGUUUAGAAGCGUGCGAACAAGCCUGUCUAAAUGAUUGUAAUUGUACGGCUUACACAAGUGUAAAUGAGACAGUGGGAACCGGUUGUUUGAUGUGGUAUGGAGAUUUGGUUGACACGCGUACUUAUGCCAACGUGGGUCAAGAUCUUUACGUAAGAGUUGAUGCUAUUGAAUUAGCUCAAUAUGUACAAAAUUCAAACCGUCAUCCAACAAAGAAGGUGAUAGCAAUUGUUAUUGUGUCUUUUGUUGCAUUGGUGCUACUCGUGAUCUCGUUGAUUUAUUUAUGGGAAACAGCUAGAAAAAGAAGGGAGAGAUUAUCGAACUUAUCUCUUAACUUUGGGGAAUCUCUAAAUUCAAAGGAAUUUGAUGAAAGUAGAACAAGUUCAGAUUUGCCUAUAUUUGACUUGUUGACCAUAGCAAAGGCAACCGACAAUUUUUCAUUUACUAACAAGCUUGGAGAAGGUGGCUUUGGCGCAGUUUAUAAGGGAAAACUUACAAAUGGAGAGGAAAUUGCAGUUAAAAGGUUGGCUAAGAAUUCAGGGCAAGGAGUUGGAGAGUUCAAGAAUGAAGUUACUUUAAUUGCAAAGCUUCAACAUAGAAACCUCGUCAGAAUUUUAGGCUACUGCGUUAAGAAUGAAGAGAAAAUGCUUGUGUAUGAAUACUUGCCAAACAAAAGCUUGGAUUCUUUCAUCUUUGAUGAGAGCAAGAGGGCUUUGCUCAAUUGGCAAAAACGUUUUGAAAUUAUAUGUGGCAUCGCAAGAGGACUCUUAUAUCUUCAUCAAGAUUCUAGAUUGAAAAUCAUUCAUAGAGAUUUGAAGGCGAGCAAUAUACUAUUGGAUGCUGAUUUGAUCCCCAAAAUUGCAGAUUUUGGCAUGGCAAGAAUAUUUGGUCAGGAUCAAAUUCAAGCAAAUACAAAUCGCAUUGUGGGAACGUACGGUUAUAUGUCUCCAGAAUAUGCAAUGGAAGGCUUAUUUUCAGUGAAAUCGGAUGUAUACAGCUUUGGAAUUUUGGUACUAGAGAUGAUUACGGGCAAAAAGAACAACUAUGAUUCCUCCCACUUAAACUUGGUUGGACAUGUUUGGGAGCUCUGGAAAUUAGAGACUGCGACGGAAUUAGUAGACUCAAGUUUGGAAGAAUCAAGUUGUGGACAUGAAAUCAUGAGAUGCCUACAAAUUGGGUUAUUAUGUGUUCAAGAGGAUGCUACAGAUCGUCCGACCAUGUCGACUGUUAUCUUUAUGUUAAGGAAUGAAGUGGCUCUUCCUUCUCCAAAGAAACCUGCUUUUAUUUUAAAGAGAAAAUACAACAGUGGAGAUCCAUCCACCAGUACUGAAGGAGCCAACUCUGUAAAUGAUCUAACAAUUUCUAUAAUCAAUGCACGUUAAUCAAUAAAUUAAUAGAAUUUUAUAUAUGUCAAAUUGAUGGGCACCCAUACAUAAGGGGUACACA